AUGGUUUUAUCUGCCCCAGUUAUAGCCCUGGGGGCUACCUUAGGGACUGCAACUAGCAUCCUUGCCCUCUGCGGUCUCACCUGCUUCUGCAAAUGCAAGCAACCUGGGAAAGGACUCUCAGAAAAGGACCAAGAGGAGGACACGGAAAAUACUAAGCCCAGUGUGCUUCAGCCAGUCCAGCAAUUCAACGUUAAGAAAACCGCAGAGCCAGUCCAGCCUCGAGCACUCCUGAAGUUUCCCAACAUUUAUGGCCCCAAACCAGUAGUAACUUCACCUGAAAUUGUUAACUACACACAGUACUCCCUGAAGACAACAGAAGAACCAGCUACUGGAAAACACACUGGUUUGGAUGAGAAUAGGAUGAAGAUACAAGUCAAUGAAGAGCUGUUUGUUCUCCCUCAAAACGUUCCAGGUGUAGUAAAGGACGUGUGCGUCACAGAGCACCUGAACCCCGAGCGGGCAGCCGGCUGCAACCAGGCCCCUGAGCUGCGCUACUCCCUUGCCUAUGAUCAACAAAAAGCCGAGCUGCGUGUGGCCCUUCUGGAAGCUAUGCAUGGCAGAAUGAGUGGGGACCAAGAUGCUGGCUGCCAUUGCUACAUACUGGGCACACUGGUGAGCAAGUCUGGUAUUGCCGAGGCCCAGACAGAGCUGAAGAAGAAGGUGCUUCACACCCUCUGGGAGGAGGUCCUGAGAUUCCCAUUAGUGGAGGAGGAGAUGCCAGAGGGGACACUGACUCUCACCCUGAGAAACUGCGACAAGUUCUCCAGACACAGCAUUGUGGGGGAACUCAAACUGAGUCUUGCUAACAUGGAGGAGUCCUUUGGGAUGGCCCAGUGGGAAAGGCUAAAGACCCCAGAGAAGGAGCCGUCUACGGGCCAUGGGGAGGUUCUGCUCUCUAUCAGCUACCUGCCAGCAGCUAACCGCCUACUGGUGGUGAUUAUUAAAGCUAAAAACCUCCACUCCAAGCAGCUGAAAGAUCUACUUGGCAAUGAUGUUUCUGUAAAGGUGACACUGACACAUCAGUCCUUGAAGUUGAAGAAGAAGCAGACCAAACGUGCGAAACACAAGAUCAACCCUGUCUGGAAUGAGAUGAUCAUGUUCGAGGUGCCUCAUGAGCUCCUGCGUGCCUCCAGCGUGGAGCUGGAAAUGCUGAGCCAGGAUAGUGCUGGGCAGAGCCACGUGCUUGGCAAGUGCAGCCUGGGCUUGCACGUCACGGGCACAGAGAGGAACCACUGGGAAGAAAUGCUGAGGAACCCCAGGAGACAGAUAGCCAUGUGGCACCAGCUCCACAUGUAG